AUGGUAUUUGGGGGUUUGUGUGCCCUCAUACAUGGUGCAGCUUUACCUCUCAUGCUUCUGGUGUACAGCAGGAUGACAAACACGUUUGUUGGGUAUGAGCUUGAGGUCCAAGUAUUGAAAGAUGAAAAUAAGACAUGCAACAACAACACCAUCUAUUGGAUGGAUAUUGAAGCAGAGAUGACCAUGUUUGCAUAUUACUAUGUUGGGAUUGGAUUAGGAGUUAUGUUUGUUAGUUAUUUUCAGAUUUUCUUCUGGGUGACAGCAGCUUCAAGACAAAUUGAUAAAAUGAGAAAGAUUUAUUUCAGAAAAGUAAUGCAAAUGGAGAUUGGAUGGUUUGACUGCAACUCUGUUGGUGAACUGAACACAAGGAUGUCAGAUGAUAUCAACAAGAUCAACAAUGCCAUUGCUGACCAGGUGUCUAUCUUCAUUGAGAGGCUCUCUACGUUCGUGUUUGGCUUCAUGGUUGGAUUCAUUGGUGGAUGGAAGCUGACUUUGGUGGUCAUAGCAGUGAGCCCGCUGAUUGGAAUAGCUGCUGGACUAAUGGCAAUGGCUGUGGCCAGGCUGACAGGACGAGAGCUAACGUCCUAUGCAAAGGCAGGGUCAGUGGCUGAUGAGGUCCUGUCAUCCAUCAGGACAGUAGCAGCGUUUGGUGGGGAGGAAAAAGAAGCUGAAAGAUAUGACACAAAACUUGCAGAAGCUCAGAUCUGGGGUGUGAAAAAGGGCACGAUCAUAGGCAUUUUCCAAGGAUACCUGUGGUGCAUCAUUUUCUUUUGCUUCGCUUUGGCCUUUUGGUACGGAUCUAAAUUGGUCAUAGACACCAAGGAGCUUUCUCCUGGCUCUCUUAUUCAGGUGUUCUUUGGAGUACUCAUGGCAGCCAUGAACCUGGGCCAGGCCUCACCCUGCCUGGAGGCCUUCGCUUCUGGUCGUGCUGCAGCGAAAAACAUCUUUGACACAAUUGACCGGGAACCAGAAAUUGAUUGUUUCUCAGAAGAAGGUCACAAAUUAGACCGAGUAAAAGGAGACAUUGAGUUCCAUAAUGUCACUUUCUACUUCCCAUCCCGGCCUGAAGUCAAGAUUUUAAAUGAUCUGAGCAUGCAGAUCAAAGCAGGAGAAACCACUGCUUUUGUGGGACCAAGUGGAUCUGGAAAGAGCACCACUAUCCAGCUCAUCCAAAGGUUUUAUGACCCAAAGGAAGGAAUGGUGACUUUGGACGGCCACGACAUCCGUACUUUAAACAUCCAGUGGCUCCGAUCUCUCAUUGGUAUUGUAGAGCAGGAGCCAAUGCUGUUUUCUACAACCAUUGCAGACAACAUCCGGUAUGGUCGACCUGGAGUCACCAUGGAAGACAUCAUCCAGGCGACAAAAGAGGCUAAUGCCUAUGAUUUUAUCAUGGAUCUGCCACAGAAAUUUGAUACUCUGGUCGGAGAGGGUGGAGGGCAGUUGAGUGGAGGACAGAAGCAGAGGAUUGCUAUCGCUCGAGCUCUGAUCAGAAACCCAAGGAUCCUGCUGCUAGAUAUGGCCACAUCUGCGUUAGACAAUGAGAGUGAGGCUGUUGUCCAGAAGGCACUGGAAAAGGUGUGCAAGGGCAGGACAACAAUUUCUGUAGCCCAUCGUCUUUCCACGAUCAGAAAUGCAGAUGUCAUUAUUGGUUUUGAGCAUGGACAGGCUGUGGAGAAGGGAACACACAGUGACCUACUAGAAAGGCAAGGCGUCUACUUCACUCUUGUCACCCUGCAGAAUCAAGGCACAUCCAACACAACUAAAGAUGCGAUCAGUGAAGCUCUUGAAGAAGACUUUGAUCCUAAAGCGCCUAUCUGCACAUCCAGUAAAAGGGGCUCCGUUCGACUACGAUCUCAGAGCAAAUUGUCAAAUGGCACAUUACCAGACAACCUCAUGAUCUUUUCAGACAAGCAGUUCUCAACAGAAAAUACAUAUGAGGACGAUCCAGAUGAAUUUGUAGAGCCUGCCCCAGUAGCACGUAUCCUCAAGUACAACCAACCAGAAUGGCCCUACAUGCUGAUUGGCUCGCUGGGAGCAGCUGUCAACGGCUCUGUCAACCCCAUCUAUGCUAUCCUGUUCAGCCAAAUUAUUGGGACGUUUGCUAUUACUGACUUGAAUGAACAGAGGAAACAGAUCAACGGGAUAUGUAUUCUGUUUUGCAUUGUGGCUGUGACUAGUUUCUUCUCCCAGUUUUUACAGGGAUAUGCUUUUGCCAAGUCUGGAGAGCUGCUGACCCGCCGUCUAAGGAAAGUGGGCUUCCAGGCUAUGAUGAGACAGGAGAUUGGUUGGUUUGAUGACCCCAGAAACAGCCCUGGAGCUUUGACCACUAGACUGGCCACUGAUGCAUCAAUGGUGCAGGGGGCAACAGGAUCUCAGAUUGGCAUGAUCGUGAACUCAUUGACCAGCAUUGGAGCGUCUUUCAUCAUUGCUUUAUACUUCAGCUGGAAGUUAACUUUGGUAAUUUUGUGCUUCCUGCCACUCAUCGGGCUGUCCGGUGUGUUCCAAGCUAAAAUGCUGACAGGUUUUGCAAAUGAAGAUAAAGACGCCAUGGAAGCAGCAGGUCGGGUAUCCAGUGAGGCUCUUGCAAACAUCAGGACGAUUGCAGGCUUGGCCAAAGAGAACUCAUUUGUGGAAUCAUAUGAGCAGAAACUUGUUCUUCCAUUUAAAUCCUACAGGAAGAAAGCCAACAUCUACGGGCUUUGUUUCAGUUUUUCCCAGUGUGUCAUCUUCAUGGCAUAUGCUGCUUCCUUCAGAUAUGGAGGCUAUCUGGUUAAGUCUGAGGGGUUGCAUUACAUGUUGGUUUUCAGAGUGAUUACAGCUGUAGUCAUCAGUGGGACAGCACUGGGCAGAGCGUCCUCCUUCACUCCAGAUUAUGCCAAAGCCAAAAUUGCUGCUGCUCGGCUUUUCAAACUGUUGGACCGAGUUCCUAAAAUCAGCAUAAGCCACACAGAUGGAGAGAAAUGGGAUAACUUCAAAGGUGAAAUAGAGUUCAUCAAUUGCAACUUCACCUACCCAACUCGACCAGACGUCCAGGUGUUGAACGGCCUGGUUGUGUCUGUGAAGCCUGGUCAGACUCUAGCGUUUGUUGGGAACAGCGGCUGUGGGAAGAGCACAAGUGUUCAACUGUUGGAAAGGUUCUAUGACCCUGAUGGUGGGAGAGUGAUGAUUGAUGGUCGCCCAUCUCAUACAGUCAAUGUGCCCUUCCUAAGAUCUCAGAUUGGCAUAGUGUCCCAGGAGCCAGUGUUGUUUGACUGCAGCAUAGCGGAGAAUAUUCAGUAUGGAGAUAACUCAUGCAGUGUCAACAUGGAAGCGAUUAUUGAGGCCGCUAAGAAAGCCUUCCUACAUGACUUUGUGAUGACACUACCAGAUAAAUAUGAGACCCAGGUUGGUGCCCAGGGCUCCCAGCUGUCAAGAGGAGAAAAACAACGCAUCGCCAUUGCCCGGGCCAUCGUCAGGAACCCAAAGAUCCUGCUACUUGAUGAAGCUACCUCUGCCCUGGACACAGAGAGUGAACAGACUGUCCAGUCUGCUCUGGAUGAGGCGAGAAAAGGAAGAACCUGCAUUACCAUCGCUCACCGACUGUCAACAAUUCAGACUGCUGACAUCAUAGCAGUGAUGUCUAAUGGAGCCGUCAUAGAGCAAGACACUCAUGAUAAUCUCAUGGCCAAGAAGGGCGCCUAUUAUAAACUGGUCACAACAGGCGCUCCUAUCAGCUAG